AUGUCUCUUCCGCAAAACUCGACACAGUGGGUAGUCAAGCGAUUCGAUGGCCCGUCCGGGCUUGAGAUACAGGUGGCGCCUAUCCCUCAGCUUGGGCCCAACGACGGCCAUUACGAACAUUCCUUGAAAGGUGUCGUUCCUGUCUCGGAUGGAUCUGGGGUUAUUAUUGCCAUCGGAUCUAAUGUCCAGAACUUCCAGAUCGGCGACAGAGUCACUACAAUCAUGAACGGAGCACAUCAAUCUGGUCCGAUGAAACCGCACUACAUGGGCGCACUAUUGGGAAACGCGUACCAUGGUGUCUUUCAAGAAUAUGUCGUUAUUCCAGCACAAUACGUAAUUGCUCUCCCAUGCAACCUCAGCUUUAUUGAGGGCAGCAGGUUGUCGGUGGCGGGGCUGACUGCCUGGAACGCUCUGUUCGGCGCCCAAGGGCGGCCUCUACGCCCGGGACAGUGGGUUCUUACGCAGGGUACUGGCGGUGUAAGUACCUUUGCUAUCCUUUUCGCCAAGGCAGCUGGUGCCAAAGUCAUUGCGACCACGUCUUCGGCCGAAAAGGCCAAAAAGCUUCAAGAAAUGGGGGCUAACCAUGUCAUCAACUAUCGUGAAGUUGAGGAUUGGGGUGCUCAAGCGCAGGCCCUUACGCCCGAAGAGGAGGGAGUUGACAUCGUGGUCGAAAUCGGAGGCGGCGCGACUCUCAAACAGUCUUUGGUUGCCUUGAAGAUGGACGGGCUAAUCUCUGUCGUUGGAGUACGAGCUGGUACUCACCCUGAAGAGCAGCCAGUUCUUAUGGAUAUGUUUUUCAGGUUCUGCACUACACGUAUUGCAUACGUGGGCCCUCGCGUGCAAUUCGAGGAGAUGAAUCGUGCAAUCGAAGCUAACAAUAUUAAGCCAGUGAUUGAUGGGCGGGUUUUCAGCCUUGAAGAGGCCAGAGAUGCUUUCGAAUACUUGGAGAGCAUGAAGCAUUUCGGCAAGGUCUGCAUCGAGGUGGUUAAAAGUGUCUGA